ACAGAUUGCAUUAAGCAAUUAUGACUCAGCCCCUGAUGAGCAACGAGCCCGAGCAAAAUGUCCUCGUUCCUCAGGAGUACAUCGACGAUGAGAAGGGAAAGAUGAACACCCUUGAGUUCUGCAUCAACCUGAUGAAGGGUAUUGCAGGAACGGGUUCGUUGGCCCUGCCUUUUGCAUUCAGCCAGGUUGGUAUUAUUUGCGGAAUUAUUCUGUUCGUCGUUGUUUGCGGCAUGAUGAUUUUGGCCACCUGGCAGCUCGUUCAGCUGAACAAGGAAAUUAUCGAGGAUCAUCCUAACGACUACAAAGAAAUUAUGACCAACAACACAUACGCAGAGCUUGUAUACAAGGCGUUGGGAAGCGUCGGUUACUGGAUCUACUACGUGUGCUCUCUCAUCACGCUCUAUGGCUCCAACAUCGGUUCCAUGGUGGUGAUGACGGACUUCUUGGAAGCCAUUCCGAUCGGCAGCAACCGCAAGCUGCGCCGCGUGAUCUCCCAAGUGAUCCUGACCCUGCUUUGCAUCCUCCUCUGUCUUCUGAAAGACCCCAAAAUGCUCGUCGCCGUCUCCUCGCUCGGCCUCUACGCCAUCGCCGCCGGCUUCCUCGCCAUGAUCAUCUUCGGCUUCAUCGAAUAUCCCUUCAAGUUCGAGGUGAGCGAUCUCUGGCCGCGCUCCAUCUCCGCCUUCCUCCAGAACUUCGGCAUCAUCGUCUACUGCAUGGGCUUCAUCCUCUUCCUCCUCACCCAAUACAAAUACCUCCGUCGCGACUGCAAGAAAACCGUGGUCCGCUCGACGGGUAUCUCCAUUUCCCUGAUGGCCGUGCUCUACUCCGUCGUCGGCAUCCUCAUCGCCCUCAUCUACAAAAACGGCCCGCACGGCGUGCAGGGCAACAUCCUGCAGUCGCUGCCGGACGGCACGUGGCUGGCGAUCCCGGUGAAUCUGCUGAUGGUGAUCACGGUGAUCGGCGGGUUCCCGCUGUGGAUGGAGCCGGUGAACGAGAUGGUGGAGGGACACUGGGGCCCCUGCACGAAGGGGAAGUACUUUAUCACCAACCCUGUGUAUAUUGUGUUCCGAAUCGUGGAGAUUGUGUGCAUCUCGCUGGUCGCUUAUUUCGUGCCCUUCUUUGAGGAUAUUCUGAGCGUCGUCGGAAACUUCAGCGAUGUCAUUACCACGUUUAUGUUCCCGGCGGUGAUGCAUUUGUGGGUGUUUAGGAAGGUGAACACAUGGGGAAUUAAGCUCAUGGACUGGGCCACCCUGAUCUUCUCCACGUUCAUUAUGGUGGUGUGUACGACUCUGUCGAUGAAGAGUUUGAUUGAACAGCUGAUGCACAAGGCAUAAUUAUGAACUCCUUUCUCGAA